AUGCAUAUCGACAAGAAUUCUCGUGUGGUAGUAUUGCCUUCGCCAGGCAGCUACCAGGUGAUAGAAGUGCCAUCUUCCAGAGACUUGUCUCAAAAGAAAUCCAUGUUGAUACAGAAUGGCCAGUUGAUGGAAAUCAAUGAAAUAAAAGGCACACCCAAGUCAUCGAUGCCAAAGCUAAACAAUGGUGGGGCAGUCAAAUCGCUCUUGUUCGAGGGAGCCAAUGCAGAUAUUCCUGGAUUUGUGCUUCAAUCGCCUCUGAUGUUGGUGGGGACCCCGUUCAACAUCGUGUACCUCAUGAUCUCCAUAAUGUACCACAACCAAGACGUGUUCACCAAGAGAUUCAUAACCUUGGAGGAUGUGAUCGACCAGUUGGGACAGAUCCACUCGGGCGAGUGGGUCACGGCCAUUUCCAACGAACAAUACGUUGCCAGCCUAGCCAAAGUGUGCGAGAUGAUAGACGAGAAUGGCGAACAGUUCUAUAAGUUCUCAUUGGAAAAGGCAGUCCAAUUCAUUAAAUCCAAGGUAGAGGCGUUGAAGGCUCACUUUGAUGCCAAAAAGGAGGAAUUAUCGUUGUACAACACGUUCAAGCAACAAGUACUCGAUCCUACGAACGACUCUCCAAUCCCCUCUGAAGUGAUAGACCAAUUGACCUUGAAAAGUUCCAUUAAUUUCGUGUGUGAUUCUUACUUGACUGGCGAGUUCAAGGCCAGAAUCUCGGAAGGUCACAAUUUUGACGAGGUGGAAAAUUGGAUAGCCAAGGUGGAGAACAAUAAGAAGAGCUUAGAGGUGGUGGAAGAAAGCUUGAAGGAGGUGGUGAAGACCACCACCAAGGCUAACAGAGUGCAGAAGAAGGCCAAGGUGACCAAGAAAGUGGUUAAAAAGGUGGCUGUAGGAAAAGGAGCCUUGGAUGGGUUUUUUAAAAAGAAUUAG